UAGUACAUAUGGCAUUCAGUCUGUAACAGAAAUGAAAUAUCUAGGAAUAUUACUAGAUCAACAUCUAAGAUGGGAUAGACAUAUUAGCUACGUUAUAAAAAAAUUACAAAAAGUGAUAUAUACCUUUAAGUGCUUAAAAGAAUACCUACCCGAACGAGAAUUAAAAACUUUAUAUUAUUCACUUGUGGAGAGUCAUCUUAGAUACGGAAUAUCAAUCUGGGGAGCAGCAGCUCGUAUUCACAUAAAUCCUCUGGAAAUUCUCCAAAAAAGAUUCAUAAAAAUAAUCAUGUCGAAACCUCGUAGGUAUCCAACUAAUGAUCUUUAUAAAAUAUCCGAAAUUAUGGACUUACGGCAAUUAUUCUACUUUAAUAUAUGCUUAAAAUACCAUUAUAGUAAUAACAAAGGACCUUAUCCGGACCAUCAAUACCAUACUAG